AACAUCACGGAGAAAAAUAUACUUAAGCAUUUUAUUCCAUUUAUUUAUUUUAUACAACGCCUCAGUUGGGGAAUAAACCGGAAGCAGUUGUGUGACACCGGAAGUGAAUGUUUUUGCGCCGGACAAAAUAUUUUGGAACACAUUUUAAUAAGAGUGUGUGAGAUGGGAGUCACCUGUGUGUGUCAGGUGCCGGUGGUGGAGGGGAAGAGUGUACAGCAGACAGUGGAGCAGCUGCAUAAGAGACUGGAGCAGCUCGGGGCGGUGAAGCAGGGCAGCUUCUUCGUGGACUGUGAGACGUACCACGCCACAGCAAACACCGCUCAGCCCUCCAAGCUCCUGUACGUGAUGCAUAACUCAGAGACGCCUCUCAGUUGCCUGGCACUGUUUGACGGCGGCCCCACACUAGCGGCGGACGCUAACUUUGAUGUGCUAAUGGUGAAGCUGAAGAGCCACUUCCAGAACGCUAAAGGACACAAGGUGGAAAGCCGCGGCGCACGCUACCGCUACGCUGACUUUCUGAUUAAGGUCGGCACGGUAACCAUGAGCUCGAGCGCUCGGGGGAUCUCAGUGGAGGUGGAGUACUCAGCUUGCGUGGUUCCUGGUGACUGUUGGAACCUGAUGAAGGAGUUCAUGCAGAGCUUCCUGAGCUCCAGCGUUCCUGAGCUGCCCUCCGUCUUCAGCAGUAAGCCUGAGGGGCUGUUCGCUCCGGCCGACUGCAUGGACACCAUGAACCAGUACCUUGAGCUCUUCAGCAAAAUACGCAAACAGCAGGUGCUGCCAGGGAGCGGCGUGCGCUGACACACACACACAGACACAAAGUCAAAGUGCAGACUGGAAAAAAAGAAACGCAGAACUAAAGAACUCUUUCAGCUUUGGACCAGGACCACGACAGAAAUUAAAAACACACACACACACACACACACACACACACACAGUCACACUUCCUUGUAUGUCCCCUGUGUGUUUUCUUCACUUUAUUACACAGUGAGCAGUCACUAUGACUCAACUGUGAUGAGUGAGUUUUCUUUUGUAAAGAAAUGUCCUUUUUUUUUUUUUUUUUUUUACUAAAAUAAACAUU